UGGGAUCGAUAAGAUAACAUUACUCAGGCCACUGCUUCGUUGUUCUCGUCCGACCACACACCAUCUCUGACGUCUCCACAUCAAGUUAUAAUAUUCAUUUAUUUGAAUAGUGCGAUCUGUUUUCCAGAGAUGCCACGCCUUAGUCAGGCACAAAUUGCUGAAGCUAAAGAAUGCUACUCUAUUUAUGGAAGAAGAGACGGUAUCCCCAUAUCAGAACUAGGGAAUGCCUUACGAUCCCUCGGCAUAAACCCAACCAACGCGGAAAUCAAGAGCAUAGUUGCCGAAAUCGGAUCACCCACAUCGGUUGAUUACGAAAUGUUCAUGACCGUACUGAACAAAGACUUCCCUCCUGCGGACUCUCCUGACGAAAUUCGGGAGGCUUUUGGUGUGUUCGACAAGGAUGGCAAUGGUCACAUCUCUGCCACCGAACUGAAGCACGUCCUGAUGACUAUGGGAGAAAAGCUCUCACAGGAUGAAGUGGACAUCAUGAUCCGCGAAGCAGACAUUGAUGGUGAUGGACAUAUACACUACGAACAAUUCGUGCGCAUGAUGACGCAAAAAUAAUAGAAUAACAAUUUUAAUUAGUUGAUGCGAAUGAUGAUGCGAAAACAAUACAGUAAAAAUUUCAAUCCGAUUGUUGUAGAUUGACUUUGGAGCAAAACGCUAAAUUCCUGUAGCAUUAAUAAUUAAAUAAAAAUUUUAUACUUAUAAUUUCGCUACAGACUAAUUUUUUUCUACAAAACAUUUUUGAAAAUCUCUCUCUCUCUCUCUCUCUCUCUCUCUCUCUCUCUCUGAAUGGCUGAUUAGAAGACGAUUAUAAUUUAAAUGAUUAUGUAACUCAGGUAAUGAUCAAUAAAUGAAUGAAUUAA